AUGGCUCCUUCACCCCAAGAAACUAUGGUGGAACAGCAGCCUAAGACCAUCCCUCGCGGAUUAACUGGUGAAGAGCUGGUGGACAUGGUAACCAACGAAAACAUUAGAUGGGACAUCGACCACCCUGAAAUUCCCAAACAUUUCGGCAUGAUAACCGGAGUAGACCGGUUCGAUGCUCAGUUCUUCAAGGUGCACUACAAACAAGCACUUAUUAUGGACCCUAUGAGUAGGAAACUCUUAGAGCAUGCGUACCAAGCUAUCUUUGACGCAGGUAUCAACCCAUUGGAGCUUCGAGGAAGGAAAAUUGGUGUUUUCAUCGGAGCUGCCUUCUCUGAGUCCGAAAAAAUUGUCAUUUAUGAGUCUAUUCAGCGGAAUGGAUUUGGUAUUACUGGAUGCAACAAGGCUAUGUACGCCAACCGUAUCUCCUACUGGCUGGAUAGUAAAGGUCCGUCUUAUGCCCUGGACGUGGCUUGCUCCAGCUCCAUGUCCUGCCUCGAGCAUGCUUACACCAGCAUCAGCAGUGGCGUGUGUGAGGCUGCCAUUGUCGGUGGUUGCAACUUGUGCAUGCAUCCUAAUGUGGCUUUAAAUAUGAGGAAAAUUUACUCUGAAGUGUACUACGCCAAAUCCUGCUACUCGAACACAGUUCAAGAGCAGUUCUUGCCAACUCGAAAACCAGAAGAAAUCCAAGAAUUUUUGGAACAAUUCUAUAAAGAAGCUGGUGUUUCUCCUCGUGAUGUGGAGUACAUUGAAGCCAAUGCCACAGCUAUUGCCGAAGCAGACGCCAAUGAAUUGGAAGCCAUUGGCAAAGUAUUUGCUAAAGACAAAACUGUCCAAGUUGGAUGCGUCAAAUCUAAUAUGGGUCAUUCUGAACCUGCUUCUGGAGUAUGCUCGCUAACCAAGGUAUGUCUGGCAUACCACACCGGCCAAAUCCCUGCGAACUUGCACUACUACGAGCCACAGGAUGAGAUUGAUGCAGUCCGUGAUGGAAGAGUCCAAGUUGUAACUGAGAACACACCGUUCGGGAGAGGAUUUACUGCCUUGAACUCUUUCUCCUACAGUGGAACUAAUGUCCACGUUCUGAUGAAAGGACAUUAUAAACCAAAGGAUCUAGACCGUUACCGCAGCAGCAUUCCUCAUAUAGUCCUCACUUCAGGUAGACAAGACCAAUGUGUAAAGAGUAUGAUUGAAAAACUUGUCAAGCAACCAGUAGAUCCUGAACAAAUCGCUCUUCUGCAUGAGAUUCAUGACAAACCUAUGGCUGGACAUACGUGCCGUGGAUAUGUUAUUCUCGGUACUGACGAGAACAAAGAAACUGUGUGUGUUGCUAAAGAAGUGGAAUACAUAGACGGCGUGACUCGUCCAGUGUGGUUCGUGUACAGUGGUAUGGGAUCCCAGUGGGCCACCAUGGGCGCUGAACUGAUGCGUAUCCCGAUAUUUGCUGCAGCUAUUGAGAGAUGUCAAAAAGCUCUUGAACCCAAGGGUAUAGAUAUUGUGAAUAUUCUGACGAAUCCAGACAAGGCUAUUUAUGAUAACAUCCUACAUUCGUUCGUGGGUAUUGCUGCAGUGCAAAUUGGUCUCACUGACAUACUGAAGGAGUUGGGAAUCGUUCCUGAUAACAUCAUUGGACACAGUGUUGGCGAACUUGGAUGUGCCUACGCUGAUGGCUGCUUCACGGCUGAGGAGAUGAUCCUGGCAGCUUAUAGCCGUGGUCUAGUGUCUUUACAGACACCUUUCAUUCGCGGUUCUAUGGCUGCUAUCAAAGCUCUGUGCCCACCAGAAAUUGAAGUGGCUUGCCACAACAGUUCCGACUCCUCAACCAUUUCAGGGCCAGCUGAUAUUAUGAAGUCCUUCGUCGCAGAGCUAACAGGUCGUGGUAUCUUUGCUAAGGAAGUUCCGUGCUCGAACAUCGCUUACCAUUCGAGAUAUAUUCAGGAUGCUGCGAAUGCCAUUGUGAUUGAAGUGGCGCCCCACGGGCUAUUACAAGCAAUCCUCAAACGUUCACUAGCCGAAUGUACUCAUGUACCACUUACAAGACGCGGCCACGCUGAUCCAGUCAAGUUCCUACUGGAAGCCUUCGGAAAAUUACACUUGGCAGGACUUACGCCAAAAGUUAAAGCGCUCUACCCAAGAGUAGAAUUCCCCGUUGCUACAGAAACUCCAAUGUUAUCGCAUUUAGUCGAGUGGGAACACAGUGAAAAAUGGCCGCAAGCAAAAUACAACGCAAAGGAUAGAAUCAAAACAUCGAUCAGAAAUUUCGUUCUCUCCAUACAUGAUGAUGACUACAAAUUCUUUGAAAAUUAUAAGAGAAAUGCUAUAUUGACGAUCGUAUGGGAAACUCUCGCCAUGUUCAAAGGUGUCGAUUACAGGACCAUGCCUAUUGAAUUCCAAAACGUGCACUUCAACGAAGAAAUUCAUUUCAAGGCCGAUGACCCUCUGAAGCUAGAUAUCAUGAUACUUAAAGGAAACAUGUAUUUCGAGGUUAACCACGACAAAACAGUUGUAGCUACUGGUUAUUUAACUGAAUUGAAUAAAAAGGACAACAUGAAUCGAGAAUUGGUGAAGUCAUCUGAUGCAAAGAACGUUACUCUAAAUACUCGAGAUGUUUACCAACUUUUGCGUAUGAGAGGAUACAAUUACGAGGGCAAAUUCCAAUCGAUCCAUUCAAUCACAUCUGAUUGUUCUACAGCGAAUAUUAAAUACACUAACGAAUGGAUCCCACUACUUGAUUCUCUUUUACAAUUUAUUGUAUUAAAGAGGGAUCAUUCUGGUCUAUCAAAAUUGACUCAAAUUAACAAACUGAGGAUCAACACUGAGGAACAUUUAAAUACUGUGCAGAAUGAUGUAGAUGGCGUUCCUUGUCUGACUGCGGAGUACUUUGAUAUUCAUAAUUUAACUAGAUGCGGUGGUAUCGAAUUUGAAACUGUGACGUUCUCCGAUAAGCUGCUAAAAGCAGCUUUGCACGUGAACAUACAAAUUGCUGCCGAUAACAUACCAAGCCGUCAAAUCAAAGUAACUGAACUAUUCUCAACUACAUAUCCAGAAAUUUCAAAGAUUUUAAGGGAAGUAACUGAAGAAAUUACCGACAAAGACUUUGUAAUGAGUGGCUUCAAUAAAAACGAAAUUGAUCUAUCUACUGUAUUUGUGGUUGACAAUUUAUUGGAAGAUGAACAUAAAAUGGAAACCCUAGCAAGAGUGCUGCCAAAAUCGACAUUCAUUUUGACUGUUGAAAAAGAUACUGCAAAAAUCUAUUCCAAAUACAAGUCAUUUAAUGUCAUAUCAUCAUUUAACGCUAAAAAUUACAUACUUGUGUUAGUGAACACUAUUGAUUCAAGCAACAAUGAAAACAUUACUUACAUGCCCAUAACUAACGAUAAUAAGUUUACUUGGGUGCCACGAGUCCGACACGAGUUGGAGAAGUCCAGGAAGCUGGUACUUGUAUCUGAAAGACAGCCAUACUCUGGACUUAUUGGUAAGGUUGAUGACUACCACUUAGAAAAUUUCAACACCGAGGCUGCCGUUUUCAAAGAUCAGAUUGAAAAGAAACUGUCAAUCAACAUAUUCAAGAAGGGACAUUGGGGAGGCUAUUAUAAUAUUCCGAGUCCCAAGGAGACUAAUAUUAGAAGUGUUGCCCUUACGAGUACUUCUCCUGGUGAUAUGGAUGGUUUGAAAUGGGUGGAAGUACCUCAGUUGCCUGCCAGCAAUACGAUGGUUCAGGUGAGUUACGUGGGGCUUUCUAACGAAGAUGCACAGAAUGCUAUCGGUACAUCCCUAGCACCAAACAAUGGUUUUGGAAAGGAGUUCAGUGGUAUCAACAUCAAUGGUGAUCGAGUAAUGGGAUUGCUUCCUGGAGGUGCAUUAAGAAGUGUUGUAGAAGCUGAUCCAGCUCUAUUGUGGCCUGUACCUGAACAUUGGACUUUGGAAGACGCUGCUACAGUACCUUUGGCUUACGUUAACGCAUUUUAUUGCCUUGACUACAUAUUCAAUAUGAAGCGUGAUGGUGACACCUCUAUAUUUGUAAACGGUGCAUCAGAACCUUUUGGACAAGCGGUCAUAUCCGUGGCUUUAUUCUUCGGAUACAAAAUAUUUGCUAAUGUUGAAGAUAAACAGAAGAAAGAAUUGUUACUUAAACUGUUCCCUGAGUUAAACGAGGAAAGCAUCGUGUGUUCCCGUGUAGAUGCCCAUAGUACAGUCAUUAUGAAUUCUAACGCUCAUUGUUGUAAUAUUGUCAUUAACUGUGCCAGCGGUCCGUUGCGUCAAUCUGCGAUGAAAUGUGUGUCUAAAAUGGGCUUCGUUUUGGACGUUUGUGAAGAAGACAUGAAGAAUAACAAAGAUUUUGGUUUAUCCUUCUUACGUGAAGAAAGGAAUUAUAAGGGUAUCAUGGUGUCUAGUAUAUUCAAACCAGAAUUUGCUGAAGAAAAGAAGAAAAUUCAAUUGUUGAUGGUUCGUGGAAUUAUGACGGGUGUAGUUAGACCUUUGAACCGCAUCGUAUACUCUCCCACGGAGGUCCCGCGAGCUUUCAGACUGACAUCACUAAAGAGGUUCUGUGGCAAUGUCCUCAUAAGAAUGAAGGAUCCGAACAUUUCUAGCGAAGAUUUAUGCGUCACUCCAAGACAAAGCUACUCUUCUGAUGGAUCCUAUAUUGUAGUGUGUGAUGAAUCGGAGCUUGGUUUCGAAGUCGCUGAUAGGUUGGUUCAUCGUGGUGCGAGAAAUCUUCUUCUAAACCUAAAGCCUAACUCUUCAGCUGGAUACUGCUACAUCAAAUUAGCGUCUUGGAAAAAACUGAACGUAAAUGUCAGGAUAUCGUCAGAAAACUUGGCAACGGAUAAGGAAUGCGUGAACCUAAUAAGAGAAGGAGCUAAAUUGGCGCCGGUUUACGGAAUUUUCAUAGUUGAGAAUUAUCAGACUGAUGAUAAAGAAGAUGAUUUAGAUACAGAGACGAUGAUGCAGAAAUUCAAUAACACUAUUCGCGUUGUUGCAAACCUGGAUGUGUCUUCGAGAAAUCUCUGCAAUAAUUUGAAGCAUUUUGUGGUGUUGAACUAUUCUUCAAAGGGUGCCAGCGACGAAUACGCGGUGUCUGUGAUUGAGAAAAUAUGUGAGGCGCGCAAUGAAGCGUGCUUGCCAGCCCUCGCCUUCCGCGUCGACUGGAUCAAUGAGUUUGAUACUAAUGGAGAAAACGGUACAAAAACACGAUCACAGAAACUGUCAACAGUUAUGAACGCUUUGGAAACAAGUUUGAAACUAAAUUACACAGAUGUCGUGUCAUUUGAUUUGAAGAAAAGAAACAAUUACGAUUUCUUGGCCAAACUCGCUAAAAUUAUUGAAAUCAAGUUACUUAUCAAGAAUGUAUAUAAUGUUGACUAUUGUACUGAGACUUUAUCUCAACUGGAUGUUGGAAGCUUGAAGAGUCUCGGCAGUAUCGAGAAGAGGCAGAAUACUAAAUUCGAUGCUGGUUUAGGAGCAUUCUAUACUUAUACUGAUGAUGACGAGUGUAUGGCUACUGAACCUAUGAUUCAAAUGCCGACUAAGCUAAGCAGCGGUACCGAGGAAGAGCAAGAACUUGAUCCAAAGGAGACUUAUUUGAUACUGAUACCAGGAUUUGAAGGACAUCACCAAAUGUUCUACCGCGUUACUGAGAGGUUGAAGGUCAGAGCCAUGACCUUCCAACUUGGACCUGACAUAAACCAGGAAAACAUUCAGAAAAUGGCUAUCGAUAUAUUGACGUUCAUGAAGAAGAGGUUCGAGCUCAAAUCCAAUUUCUAUCUGAUGGGAUAUUCCUUUGGUGUCAACGUUGCUCUAGAGUUGGCCGCAUUAUUUGAAAAAGAAGGUCGCGUGGGAACUGUGUAUUGCUUGGACAGCAGCCCAGAUGCAUUAAGAGUUCAGCUCGAUGCUUAUGUUGGCAAUUUAACUGAUACGGAGUUACAGAACAAAAUCGUAGAGCACAUGUACCGUCUCAUGACAGGAAGAGACAACGAGGAACUGAAGAACGACUUGGAGAGAUCAGAGACCUGGUCAGAGAAGGUGGACGCAUGUGUUAGUAGACUUAGGGAGUUGGCGAGCUAUUCCAACCAGUACAAGAGAUCGAUCCUAGAAUCGGCGUACCGAAGGAUCAUGCUGGCAAGGCAGUAUGAGCCUGAUUUCAAACUUGAAUCCCAACUGGUUCUCAUGAAAGGCAUUCCUCAUCCAAAAGCAGGACCUCUUCCUGAAGACUACAACUUAUCCAAGUAUACAACGAAGCCAGUGAAGGUGUUCAACAUUGAGUCUGACCAUGCCUCAGCACCCCACGAUUGCAGAGUGUCGAAUAUCAUCAACAAGUUCCUGGAUCCCGAAUUGCUAUCGAAAUUCGAGAAGGAAGUUCUCUGUGAAACCUACUUGGUUGAAUCAUUCAAAAUGUUGUAGAGUUUUUUUUUUAAUGUUCAUUGGAAUAUCAAUGCGCAUCAGUUACUAAGUUAGUUUAAUACGG